CCCCCCUCAACAAAGACACCACUAUGCCUCUUGCCAAAGCUAUCAUUGAUGAUAUCGUCCUGGCUGAAUCUUCCGCCUGGGAAACGGUCGAGGGCAAUGUCUAUUUUCCUCCCUCGGCCAUUCGGGAUCCCUCACUUCUGGUGCCGACAGACCUGGCAACCUUUUGUCCGUGGAAAGGAGACGCUUCGUAUUAUUCUCUCAUGAUUGGUAACAAGACGGUUCCUAACGCAGCCUGGUAUUAUCCCAACCCAUAUGCCGCUGCCAGCAACAUUAAGGAUCACGUCGCUUUCUACACAAACAAGGUUAAUGUCACGAUCGAAUAAGGGAUCUGGGCAAUGUGCUUUUCUAUCAUGUUUCUCUAAUGACAUUCCAGAUUUUGCUUCCGAGCCCUCCACAUUUCCUUCAAAGACCUUUUCGUAGAUUUGUGUAAGAGUGUUCUACACCUUCCUCGUGAUGCAGCUUGGCGUAGGCCUAGCAGCCGACCAGAGGUCCCGAGCACCGCUUAUGAACAUUGCAUCAUCCACGAGGCAGAUCAGGGUCGGUCAACUCAUUCAGCAACUCUGUCCAAUCUGCCGCCU